AGAUGAGGUCGUAGAUUUGUUGCGAUAAGGUGAACCUGUCCCUGACGGAAGGAAGACUUGCUAGGGGAAGUGUUGGAAGUGCUUCCUAUAGCGCGGGCCUUGCGGCUCGGGGAGGGGGUGCUCUCUGCUGCCCAGUUCGCGGCAGGCGGCCUAUCGCUUCGCUCCUCUGGUUCUUCGCUCUCCGAUAGCAAGUAAAAUUAAAAAUAAAUCAACAUGGCUACUUCAUACAACGAGACAACGGAAUUCAUAGAUUUAAAGAAAGAUAUAGACGAUAUGUUCCUCCUUAUCAAUGGUAUUAUAGUAUCAUUUAUGCAAGCUGGGUUCGCCUGCUUAGAAUCCGGAGCGGUCCGAACCAAAAACACGACGAAUAUCAUGAUGAAGAAUCUCCUUGACUUAUUUAUUUGCAGUAUUUUCUACUACCUAAUUGGUUUUCCACUAGCCUAUGGUAAUGGAAAUUCCUUCAUUGGGAUGACAUAUUGGGCUGGAACAGGUUUUCAAGAAUCAAGCCUUGCAUUCUGGUUCUUCCAAUUUGUAUUUGCAGCAACAGCUGCCACUAUUUUAUCAGGCGCAGUGGCUGAAAGGUGUAACUUUGUUGCAUACAUCGUCUACAGUGGAAUAAUUUCUGGUUUUGUUUACCCUGUUGUAAGCCACUGGGCUUGGCAUGAAGAAGGAUGGAUGAAAAAUAUGGGCUACAAAGACUUCGCUGGAAGUGGAGUUGUCCAUGCAUUAGCUGGCAUAGCUUCCUUUGUGGCAGCUGCAUUCUUAGGACCACGCAAAGGAAGAUUUCCUGGACAACCGAUUUCUGGUCAUUCAACACCUAUGCUUGGAUUAGGUGCUCUUCUAUUAAUUUCUGGAUUCCUGGCUUUCAAUGGCGGCUCAUUGGGACAAAUUUCUGGACCUGGUGAUAGUGAACUUGUAGCAAGGAGUAUGGUGAGCACUAUCUUUGGUGGUACUGGAGCUGCUAUCAUAGCACUAGUUUUUGGACGAUAUCUAAGUGAUGCACCAUGGCCAUUUUCCUUCACAUUAAACUGUACACUAGCAGGCAUGGUUAGUGUAUGUGGAGGUCCUGAAGUUUACAACAGUUGGUCAGCUAUGCUAGUCGGUGCUAUUGGCUCUGUCAUUUAUACUGGCUUUCAUCUUCUUGUUACUUAUAUAAAAGUUGAUGAUCCGCUUGAUGCCAGCCCCUUACAUUUCGGUGCAGGAGCGUGGGGAGUAAUAGCAAGACCUAUUUUCGCUAAUGAUGGACUGAUUUAUGGAAAUAUUGAUAACUUUCCAACAAAAAUUAGCAACAACAUUAUCGGAUUAUUGGCAAUUAUAGCAUGGUCUGCUAUAACCAGCAUAAUCCUUUUUGGUGCUCUUAAAGUAACUGGAUUUUUAAGAAUAUCUGAGGAAGAGGAAAUCAUAGGUCUGGACCUUUCAAAACAUGGGGAGAAUGCAUACCCAUCUUCUGCCUGGGAAAGAACAUCUUCAUCAUGGGUUGAAGGAGAUAUUUUGGCCAAUAGCAGUGACUGUAAACUUGAAAAGAUAAAUUAUGAUAAUUAUGCAUUUCAAAUGGAAAAAAGGCAUGAACGAUGAAGAAGAUAAAGUAAAAAAGAUAUUUAUUUAAUAAGUUAUUUAUACAAAAUAUAUAGAAAGAAAAUAAUGUUUACAAGUUAAAAAUAUCUUAUUUGAGCAAAAUUGUUGUGAUAAGCAUUAAAAGCUACAUUAGAUAUUAUAAUAGAUCUCAGUGGUCACAAGUACUAAUUAAUAAAAGAUCAUUGUGAUCAAAGUGUUGAGCAUAGUAAUUAAACUAAAAUUAAGGAUACACAAAACCAUUAUGACCAACACUUAAGUACAACAUUGAAGUGAUCAAGCUGAAAUCAAACAUUGUAAAUAAGACUUAAUUACAUAAUAUAUUUAUUUUGCUAGGCACAAUUGUGACUGUAUCUAUAACAUAAAUCAACAAAUGGUUUUGCUAAAUAUAUUAAACAUUCGGAGAGUAGUUUUUUAAUUGAUUCUACACAUAUGUUGAUUGACAACAAUUAAAAAAAUAAAUAAAACUUUGUUGGUAAAGGUAACAAUCACAUAGUACUAACUUAGUUAGCCACUCCCAAAGCCUGACAGGCAAGGGCAGGUAAAUAUAAAAUAAAUUUUUUUUGAAUUAGCCAUUUAUACAUGAU